CCCUGCUGCUGCGUUGCGACAGAGACGGAGAAGUCAAACGACAUGAAUGCAGAAAAUAAUCAUACGGCAGAAACAGAGAAGGAGCAAACGACGAACGGCACCGACACCAUCACCAUUCAGACUACACUGGGAGAUGAAGAUGAUGAUGUCCACAAGUGCGGUCGGUGUCAGUGCGAGUUCUCCAGCCUGGAGGCUUUCAUCCAGCACAAGCUGCAGCAGAGCUGUAAACGCCCGGAGACCAGACAGGCUUCCCAGGAGGCCAACCAACAGGUCUCUUCAAGUACCGGAAGCUCAGCGUUUAAGGUGAAAACUGAAGGCAUAUCUACAGUUAAACCAACAACGACCACCGACGAUGAAAGAAAUGGUCCAAUGGGUCGAGGUCAUAGGAGGAAAAUCGCUUCUAUUAAAGUCACCGACCAGUCUGAUAAAAGCACAACGUUUGUAUCUGACAACGCUGAUGGUGAACAGCAGACUUUCAAAGUAAAUCAGGAGGGACGCUACAUUUGUUACCUUUGUGAAAAGACAUUUAAAACUACAAACAUCUUGAGGACUCACAUGAAAACUCACAGUGACCAGAAGAACUUCUCCUGUGGCCUGUGUGAGACUUCGUUUCGUACCAAAGGCUCGUUGAUACGUCACAACCGUCGGCACACUGAUGAGCGGCCGUAUCGGUGUACCCUGUGUGGGCAGUCUUUCAGAGAGUCGGGGGCUCUCACCAGACAUCUGAAAUCCCUGACUCCAUGCACAGAGAAGAUCCGGUUUGUCCAGUACAAGGAAAUCCUGGUCAGCAAAGAUGGAGUGCAGAAAGGAGUUGAAACUGACCAAGGCCAGGUAGUGGCCCAACAGGAAGUGGUAGUCGUGGAGCAGCAAGCUGAGGAGCAGGAGAUGGUGGAGGCUCACACUGCUGUCGUCAGUGUGGUGGAGGCUGGCUCCCAGGAGGUCCUCCGUCAGGUUCACUUCACAAUGGAGGUGGACGGGACCACACAAGAGCAGCAGGUGGUGGUCGACCAGUCUCAGGCGGACGCUCUGGCUGCUGCCGCCGCCGCCGGCGACAGCCUCAUCUGUCAGGCCAUCAUCAACUCCGGCAUCGCCCUGGGCACCGAGGAGACGGUGGUGGAGGAAUCCUCGCCAACAACGCAGGAGCUGGACAAAGACAUUCCAGAUGCUACUGAUGUUGAUCAGAGUGUGAUUGAGAUCCAGGUUAAAGAAGAGUUUGACGAGACGGAGGAGGAAACAGCUGAAGAUCGAGCACCCUGUAAGCUCUACAAUUGUCCACACUGCAGCCGGUCGUUCAAAGGCGUAAAUUAUUUCCGUUUUCAUGUCAAAGGUCAUUUAGGUUAUAAACCGUUUAAGUGCACACUAUGUCAAAAGGAGUUUCUCACUGGCUACCUGUUAAAGAAGCACAUGGAGGUCCACGUCAGUGAGAGGCGGUAUAAAUGCGGCGAGUGCGGCAAGCUGUAUAAAACCAUCGGACACGUACGCGAACACAUGAGAGCCCACUCGGAUGAGAGGCCCUACCACUGUCACAGAUGCAACAAGGGAUACAAGACCAAGAACGCCUUACAAGUUCACCAACGGACUCACGGCGAUGAGAAACCUUACGUGUGCGAGUUCUGCUUCAGAGGCUUCAGAGAGAAAGGCUCUCUGGUGCGACACAUCCGCCACCACACAGGAGAGAGACCUUUCAAGUGCCCGAAGUGUGGGCGGGGCUUCGCCGAGCACGGGACGCUCAACCGGCACAUGCGCGCCAAAGGAGGCUGCAAUAAGGAGAACUCCAACGAGCAGCAGGGCGUUGUGACGGAGGAGCAGGCGUCUGCGGACAGCCUCAGCGCAGCAGAAGUCAUCACAGAAGAUCCUCACGCCGUGCUGGUGGAGUUCUCAUCAGUGGUGGCGGACACGCAGGAGUAUAUUAUAAAGACUCAAACUGAAGAGGAAAUGCAGCAAGAAGUUACACUCAUUCAGGACAGCCAAAACGAGAUGGGAAACCAGAUUAUGAAAGUGGUGCAACAGAUCGUCAGCCAGUCCCACGGCGCCGCCAGCCACCAGAUCAUUGUGCGAAACGUCGGGGCGGACGAGGAAAGCGCUUCCAUCUCCGACUGCGGGGAUACCAUCACCAUCGCCACGCCGGAGAGCCUGACGGAGCAGGUGGCCAUGACGCUUGCCUCUGCCAUCAGCGACGGGACGCUGCUGGCCACGACGGGCACCGCUGAGGACGUCGGGGGGACUGUUACCAUGGUUACCACAGAGGAAGCAGUGGAGGGAAUAGAGAUGGUGCAGCAGCAAGAGGAGUAUGUCAUCACCUCCCCGGAGGAGGUGGAAAUUCAGACUGUAGUUGUAUGAUCAAAGAGGAUUCUACCGAUGAACUCGUCUGGCUUUAUAGUCCGUUUGUGUGUGGAUGAGUCAAAUAUGAAGUUAAGGCCAAAGUUUUUAUAAAACUCAUAGUGAUGGAAAUAAUAAAAUACACUUUGGAUGAAGAAACAAAUGUUAACAGGGCGUAGGUUUACCCUAUUAUUAGUGUUCUUAACUGGCUCAGUAAUAUAAAUGCAUUCAAUGUGACUUAUUUGUGAUCCAAUAAACAGUUUAAUACA